AUGCCGUUCUACAGGCGCACGGUGGUGCCCCAGCGCCUGUGCCCGCGCAACCCGCCGCAGCCGCUCGCUGAGCUCCGCGACGUGAGCCACCUGGCUGCGCUCAGCCUGCUCCGGCAGCUCGCCGACCUCUGCGGCCACUCUCUGGCUCUGCUCGAGGACCUCGAGGGGCACCUGCUGGCCUUGGGGCGCCGCACCGACAGCCUGUGCCGACGCACCGUGCGCCUCCGCCGCCGCUUGCCCUGCCGCCUGCUCGGCCCGGAGGACGACGACGAAGAGCUAGCUGCAGCUAACUCGGGUCGGGAAAAUGCGACAGCGACUGCCCACUCGAGGUCGUCAUGGCGACAGCCAGUGAACGUGUUCCUCUCCUCGGGCAGGCCCCCGAGUGUAGAGGAGCUGCUUCGAGAGGCGCAGCUCAAUCUCCAGAGCCUGUUGCAAGAAGAAUAUGAGGAACAGUACUCGGAGGCCAGACUUCUGGGGCAGACCUUCCGCUCUGCUGAUGAGGCCCCUGAGCCCACUCCUAGCCCAAGGCCUCAGGCGGGCAGGCGUCUGGAGUUUGUAUCGAUGCCUACAAAAUGGCAGCUGAGCGAGGAUGAGACCACCACCCAGGGUGUGAGGGCCUCUGAGGCCUCCCUGAGCCUGUUGACCACAGCCGACAAGCAAGCUGCCUGGAAUAGCCCCUCCCCUCUGCCCAUCCUAGAGGAAAAGCGGUGGCUUCAGCCUUGCUCCACGCACUCUGACAUUGUACCCAUCAACAUCUCCGGGCAGCAGUUUGAUAAACAUGCAAGUUUGCGACACUCGUUGUUUAACACAGAGACAGCCGUGAACCCCAAAUCCACCCUGAGGCGGAGGCGGACCAUUAUUGGAUUCUCUAACUUUUCCCAGCGAGACCAAGGUCACAGCAGCAGGCUGGCAGGUGGCGUGGCCCACGCCACCACCUCGGACAUCAGGCCCAGUCAUUCCACCCCAGAAGGUGUGCAUGGAAGAGUUGCAGUUGGCCAGGAAGCUCAGUUCCCAAAUCUCACCUCCCCAGUACUAAGGAGUCCUUCUAGUGAGCCGGAAGAACCUCUCCAGGUGUUCAGUGCCACAAACUGCCCUGGCAUGGAGAGCGUGGGAAUGGUGUACAGCAUCCCCAGUUCUUGCAACGGGCUGACAGAAUCGACGUUUUCUGCUUCCUGGAAGGGAGAUACUCUUACCUACAUGACUCCAAGCACCGCCAGCCAGAGCAGUCGAGUCGGCGAACACGGAAUAAAUCCUUCCUCAGGCAAUGCUUGGGUCUCUCUGCACUCGCUGCCCCCUCCGGUUCCUAAGGAGGCCGCUGCCCUCUUGGUCACUCGUGAUAACCCUGCAAGAUGCAGCGGGUCGGCUGCCUACUCCGAGCACCCUUCUCGACGAUGGCAAGCUUCCGAGCGACCCUCCAAGAUGGGCCUUCUCACUAGUGGUACCUCGAGGCUGGAGACGGGCCCACUGGGGACCAGCAGGUUCCGGGAGCGGUCGCUGUCUGUGCCCACAGACUCGGGCACUGUGGAGGUGGCCUACGAGGAGGAGCAGAAGGCCAGCGAGGCCUGUGCCCUGCCUUGUGCCAGUACGAGUUCUGAGGGCAGUAACAGUGCCGACAACAUCGCCUCCCUCAGCGCCCAGCAGGAGGCCCAGCACAGAAGGCAGAGAUCCAAGAGUAUCUCGCUCAGGAAGGCCAAGAAGAAGCCUUCCCCACCCAUGCGCAGCGUCUCGCUGGUCAAAGAUGAGCUGGCCCUCUUGCCAGAAGGUGGGUCAGGACUGCCCAAGGACCAGAGGCCCAGGAGCCUCUGCCUGUCCUUGGAACACCAAGGACGUCACUCGUCCCCCCCCGAUGCUCAGGGUCACCCAGCUGCACCAACUUUCAAAGAUCCGGAAGGUCCACAAUUCUCCCACCACUGGUAUCUCACUGACUGGAAGUCUGGCGACACCUACCAGUCCUUGUCUAGCUCCAGCACUGCCACUGGCACCACAGUCAUCGAGUGCAGCCAAGUUCAGGGCAGCUCAGAGUCUCUCGCCUCCCCUUCCACGUCCAGAGCCACGACACCAUCUCAGCUCUCCAUCGAGGUAGAGGCCAGGGAAGUAUCCUCCCCUGGAAGGCCCACUGGGCUGAUGUCACCCUCCAGUGGCUACUCCAGCCAGUCAGAGACCCCGACGCCCACUGUGUCCCUGUCCUUGACCCUGGGCCACCUGCCACCUCUGAGUGGUGGCGUCCGGGUGCGUCCGGUGGUCCCUGAGAGGAAGUCGUCGCUCCCCGCAACCUCGCCGAUGGAGAAAAUGUCCAAGUCGCGGCUGUCGUUUGACCUGCCGCUCACCUCUUCGACCAACCUGGAUCUGUCUGGGAUGAGCAUCUCCAUUCGAGGCAAAACCAAGGUGAGCCGGCAUCACUCAGAUACCAAUUUUGGGGCCAAGCUGGCCCAGAAGACGAGCCCCAACCAGCCCGUUAUGCCCAUGGUCACUCAGUCGGACCUCCGUUCCGUGCGUCUGAGGUCUGUCAGCAAAUCUGAGCCGGAAGAUGACGUGGAGAGCCCUGACUAUGCUGAGGACCCAGCCGCGGAAGUCUUCACCUUGCCCGAGAGGAAGAUGAAACCUCCCAUAGCCGAGAAGCCCCCCGUGGCCCGAAGGCCUCCGAGCUUGGUCCACAAGCCACCAUCCGUCCCCGAGGAGUGCCCACUCAUCUCGCCAACCUUGGCUAUGACUCCCAAGAGCUCAGCUCAACCCACGCGGCCACUCCCUCCAGACAUCUUCACAGUGGUGGUGCGGAAACCAAAGUCCUCCAGCUUCCCCGAGGGCAAAAGCCCCGGGGAGACGCCAACGCCCUCCUCUCUCGCUCUCACACCUUUUGCCAGUUCCUCUGGUGCUUUCUUCUCAGGAACACAGCAACCUCCCCAGGGCAUGAUGGAGGACGGGGGCCCCAAGGCGAGAGCCCUGCCUGAAAGAAUCAGCCUCCAGAGCCAGGAGGAAGUGGAGAGAAAGAAAGGCAAGAUCCCACCUCCCGUUCCCAAAAAGCCCAGCGUGCUGUACCUGCCUCUCACCUCACCCACGGCUCAAAUGGAGGCAUACGGGGCCGAGCUGAGGCUGCCUCUCAGCCCCAUCAUCACCCUGCAGGAAGAGGCCAAGGGUCCCCCCACCAGUGACCACCUGCAGUCCCCUGGUACGAGGACGACUUCACCACUGCUGGCUGAAGGUGAAAGGGAGGCCAGUCCUCUAGGGAGCUCUGUGGAACCGAGCACUGCAGAAAAAAGUGUCAUUAGUGAUAAAACAGCCGAAUGGAUCGCCGAAGAUGACGAUGAUGUGUUUGUGGCUUCACGCACAACGGAAGAUUUGUUUACUGUGAUACACAGGUCCAAAAGAAAGCUGCUUGGCUGGAAAGAGCCUGGGGAGACCUUUGCAGGCGGCAGCAGACCAAGCUCCCAUUCACCAGGGAAGAAUCCAGCUGAUUCUCCAGUCAGUGAGUCAGCUGCCUCUGCGGGGUCAAGUGGCAGUGCUAACCUGGAUGCUGGCAGAAACGACGAAUUCAAGGCCUUGCUACAGAAAAAGGGGAGCAAGGCAACCCCAAAGUCCCGGCCCUCAGCAGCCGAACUGCUGAAGACCACUAACCCACUGGCUCGGAGAAUUAUUGCACAAUUUUCAAAAGACUACGAAACCACCGAUAACCCCAGUACCUAAGGCCAGGGUUCAGCAAACAGGGUUUAGUCACUAAACUUGAGUAGACGAAGGGGAAGAGAAAGGGUUUUAGAAAGGAGUCAUGGAAAUAACAAAAGAGCCUACAUGUCCUUUCCAUCCAUUCACCCUCUGGACCGCAGGAGAGAGGCCACUAGACCUAGAGCUAAAAUCAUCAGGCACUUUAAUCACCUUCGGACAUUUUGCAUUUUCACACUUAAUAAUCUUGCCGUUACUGACUACCGAUUUUCUCCUUCUUUCCCCCCAGUGCUGUGCCCUGAGGAGAAAUUCUGAGGCGCAAGAGCACCUGCGCCAUCUUUUCGGUCACUGACCGAGCUGCUCCGUCCCUGACUUCUGUCACUGAGGAGCACAGUGAGAGGGCCGACCGGCGCUGCCAAAGCUGGGGGUCAUGGGGUGCCGUUGCCGAUGAUUCACUUUUUGGGCAAGGCCUUGCUGGCCCCGUGUGGAGAAGCAGAAAGACUCUGAGGCCUCUUCAACCACAGUCUAGCUCUCUGCACCCCGCCCCCCAGAGAGGUUUGGGGGUGUACACUUAUUUCGGCAUGGGGUUGAUUGGCUGGCUUUUGUCACGCAAAAUAUGAAUGUGACUCUGUCUUGAAAUUCAUGCCUUUUUCAGUU